UUUCUUACAUGAAAAGCAUAACUACUUCAAACUAAACCGAUAUUAAAAUUUUCAAGAUACUGACCCAAUUAGGCAACACCUUUUGCUCAGCUUAGAACAGGAUUUGUUAAUUUUUGAGAUGAAUAUGCUGAUGAAAGCCUGAUUAGAUGGAGGGUCAAGGUGAGAACCAAAGGAGGGUACUUUGAAAAAUGAUUAGGUGACAAUUGUUUGAAGAAAGCCACUUGUAGGAAGAGGAAGAAUGCUUCUUUUCUCGUUUGUUCUCUCUCCUGACAGAAUCACAUGCCAUGCAGACAGCUGUAGACCCACUCACAUUCUCAUCCCACAUGGAUGUUUGAGAGAAGACCCUACAAUUACCCACAAACACUCACCUCUUCCCCUCGCUCUCACACACAAAAAAAGGAAAAAAAAUGCAUUUUUAUUUGCCUAGUCUUUAGCUAUGACUACAAUGGUGUUUCAUAUGAUGGAAAAGUAACAAACCUUCCUACCUCUUAUGAGUUUGUCUCAGAGUAACAUCCGUUUCUUUUUUUUUUUUUGUUCUUUUUUCCUUCUUGGAUCUGAAGAGAUUCCUCUUACAGUUUUGGUUUCAUUAGUUUGUUUUAGUUUCUUAGAGUUAUAGACUUAUAGUUACAGGCAAACUGUUGAUUUUGCGGACAUAUUGUGAAAUGAGUUUUGCUUGGUUGUUGAAAAAAGUUUGAGCUUUGGACGAUUUCAUGGCAAAGCCAAUAAAGGGAUCUUAAUGUUAAUAAAAGAAAAUUUGUGGGGUUUGAGUUUAUAUUGCAAAAAGUCAAUUUUGAUAUUGUGGGAGGCCAAACUUUAUGGUUUUGAGUUGUAAUUAGUUGUGUAAAACUGGGUUUCAAAAGUGAUUUAUGGGGACUUUCAGACAUGCAGAAAGAAGCAAUCUGAAAUUUUGAUGAAUUCUGGUUUAAAAUGUACAGUUGUUUGUAGUUCAUGUGGGAAGUGCUUUAGUCUGUUUAAGGGUUUUGGAUAAAAGAUAAUAUGUGUUUGAAAUUUGGAUAUCUUUAAAGGGGAAUGGUAGAAGAGGUAAAGAGAAAAAGAAGAGACAAGGGAUUGCAAACUUUUUAUUGGUUCUUGAAUUGUAUUUUGGUUUCUGAGGUAUCUAAUAGAAUUGAUUCUCAAUUGGGUCCUUGAAGAGUUGCUUAGGCAUCUGAUAGCUCAUACAGCACAGAAACUGAUGUUAUGGUGAUAGAGAGGGAAUGAUGAUUGCAUUUCUAUUGUUUGGAGAAAGGAUGUUGAAGCUAUAGGAAUUAGGAGGUAGGAGGAGUAUUAGGUUCUAUUGGUUGAGGAGAAGAUGGCUGCAAAGCUUCUACAUUCAUUGGCAGAUGACAACCCAGAUUUGCAGAAGCAAAUAGGAUGCAUGACUGGCAUUUUUCAAAUCUUUGAUCGUCAUCAUAUGCUUACAACUAAGCGCCUGAGCCAUAGGAAGCUUCCUGCAGGUAGCUCCCACUUGAGAAAUGGAAUCCUGGAAGGGGAUUUAAAUAAUGCAUACUAUCGAUCCACAGCAAUGGAAAUGAAUAUAAACAGAAGUGUGAAUGAGAAACAAAGAAUCUCCACAGAAUCUUCAAGAGCCUCUUUUUCAUCCUCGUGCUCAUCUUCCUUGUCAUCACUGGAUUGUAACAAGACAGCUCAGCCAGAUGCCUCUUCCUUUGACAGAAUCCUUUUUCCUGAAACUCCCUCUAGGGACACAGUGAUGAACCAACCAAGUGCUUCUUCACAUUUGGGGUCACAAUGCCUUGACCUUCGAGAUGUGGUCAAGGACUCAAUGUAUAGAGAAGCCAGAGGACUAUUAGUUAAAACAACAACCAGAGAGGAAGUAUCGGGCAGUACCGUGAAGCAUAGAGAUUCACCAAGGCCAUUUCAGCUUCCUAAAUCAGUGGAUAGGUCUUAUGGUGUUGGGAUCAUUGGAAAGCAAAAUGUGCCUGCUGAUCGGCAAGAUCCUCUUAGAGUUCUUGCAAAACUUCGGGAAGCACCUUGGUACUACAACAAUGAAGCUAGAGAACUUCAAAGAUCAUCACAUGAAGCACAUGGCUCGUGGAAUUCAAUGUCAAGGGAUGCUCCUCGAUUUUCUUAUGAUGGAAGGGAGACUAAUCGUUUAUCUUUUGAAUCACGAGACACCUCCAAAUCAACACCAAAGCUUAAAGAGCUGCCAAGACUUUCUUUGGAUAGUAGAGAAAGGUCAAUGAGGGGUUCAAAUUACAUUACUAAAAGUUUUCAUAAUGGUGGCAACUUGAACAACAGAGUUACAAAUCCACCACAAUCGCCAGGAGCCCAGAAGCGCCCUCCUAAUGUUGUAGCCAAGCUGAUGGGUUUGGAACCAUUGCCAGAUUCUUCCUCAACUGGUGAUGGGCAGUUGGGAGUGAUGAAAACCUGCUCUCUUGAAGAUAACAAUCCUUUCUCGCAGCCACUAAGAGCAAAUGAUCUGUACAGGCCAACCAGAACUUCUAACUCUACAAGAAGUUCAUUAAAAGACCCAACAUCACCACAGUGGAAAAAUCCUGAUUUGUUCAUGAAACCUGUUUCCAAUUCAAGGUUCCCAAUUGAGCCAGCACCAUGGAGACAUAUGGAUGGAAGUAGAAGUUCUCAGAAACAACCUCCCAAACAUGUAAAAGUUCCAGCCAAGAUUCCAAAUUCUUUCCCUUCAGUUUAUAGCGAGAUUGAGAAAAGAUUGAAAGAUCUAGAGUUUCAACAAUGUGGAAAGGAUCUCAGAGCUCUUAAACAGAUACUAGAAGCAAUGCAAACAAAGGGACUCCUUGAGACCAGGAAAGAAGAACAAGCUGCAAACUUCGUGUCUCAAAGAGACUAUGAACCAAAAUGUACAAGCCCUAGUCAGAAUCUGAGAGGCCAGCGAAGCCCACAGAACACUCGCAUCAAUGCUUCCACUACAACGAGGGGUUCAGAUUCUAUUAGAACAUAUGAAUCUCCAAUUGUGAUCAUGAAACCAGCAAAACUUGUUGAGAAAGUUGGUAUUCGUGCUUCAACAAUAAUUCCAAUAGAUGACUUUUCUAGUCUCCCCAAGAUUCCUAGUGUGGGAUCUGUAGAUAAUAACAAAGGUUCAAUAAAUAGUCAAGCAGCUAGAUAUCAUACUGCCAGAAACAAUCACAGCGAUUCUGCUGCCAGCUCUACUGAUAAGAGAGCUAGUAGUAAGAAUAUAAGGUCCAUGCAGUCUUUAACGAAACCUCCAAAAGAAAGCACCACAACUUCAGUAAAGAAUUCAGGAUCUGUGAGCCCAAGACUGCAGCAGAAAAAGCUUGAGUUGGACAGGCGAUCUCGUCCACCUACUCCACCAUUUGAUCCAAGCAAACCCGGAAGGCAAUCCCACCGGCAUUCCUCAGAGUCAGGUUCCCCUGGUGUUAAACAUAGAUCAAAAUCUCACAACGUGCAGCAAUAUGAUGAACAACUCAGUCAGGCAAGUACUGAAUCACAGUCUUCUAGUCACCAAGGAGAUGACUUUUCUAUCCAAUCAGACAGCAAUAUUAUCUUGGAGUCCAAGUUAGAUGAGGAAGUUACCAGUCAUGACCAGUCUCUUGAGAUCAGUAGUAGUCAAAGCCCAUCCAUGAAGGCUGCCAAGUACUCAAUUUCUGGCAUAAAGCAGAAAAAAUCAACAUCAACACUGGUUGAGGAUGGAUCAAUGACAGAAUUUGCUAUGGUUGCUCCAGAACAUCCAAGUCCGGUUUCUGUUCUUGACACCUCAAUCUAUAGAGAUGAUGCACCAUCUCCAGUAAAGCAGAUAUUGAACACCCCAGAAGGUAAUGAUGCUGAAGGUUUCAAUGACAGUCACAAUGAAGAGCAAUGGAACCCUGCGGAUAGGUGCUUGUCAAACAACAUGGGGUCUGGUCUUACCUCAGAGAUUAAUCGCCAGAAACUACAGAACAUUGAGCAUUUGGUCCAAAAACUUAGAAGACUGAACUCCAAUCAUGAUGAAACCAGCACAGAUUACAUUGCAUCACUUUGUGAGAAUACAAAUCCUGAUCACAGAUACAUUUCUGAGAUAUUAUUAGCCUCUGGCUUUCUACUGAGAGAUCUUGGUUCUGGCUUGACAACAUUUCAGCUCCAUCCAUCAGGCCACCCCAUCAACCCAGAGCUGUUCUUUGUUUUGGAGCAAACCAAAGCAAGUUCUUUGCUAUCGAAAGGAGGGAGUACCACUGGAAAGGUUUCCCAUUCAAAGCCAGACCAUGAGAAGUUCCAUCGAAAGCUUAUAUUUGAUUCUGUUAAUGAGAUUCUUGUUGGAAAGUUAGCUCUAGUUGGAGCCUCUCCAGAGCUUUGGAUAAAUUCUGGCAAGCUGGCAAGGAAGACCCUCAAUGCACAAAAGCUUCUAAAAGAACUGUGUUUGGAGACAGAGCAGCUUCAAGCCAAUAAAUCAAAAUGCAACCUGGAGGAAGAGGAGGAUGGUCUGAAAAGCAUCUUGUGGGAAGAUGUAAUGUGUCGAUCAGAGAGUUGGACAGAUUUCAACUGUGAGAUUUCAGGGAUGGUUCUAGAUGUUGAACGGUUGGUCGUUAAGGAUUUAGUUGAUGAGAUUGUGAUUGGUGAAGGGGAUGGUUUACGAGCCAAGCAAAGUCGGCGAAGACGACGGCUGUUUUCCAACAUAAUGAUUCACGGAUAAGAAGUAAGAACUGCAGUCCUAUGUUAUAUGAUAAAACAUGUUCCAUUCUCAGAUCAUGACACCAUACAUAUUUGUAAGAAGAAGUAUAGGAUCAGACCCUUUGUAUAUGAGCUCAUGUUUUACAUUAAUCUUAUUCCUGGUGAUCAGCCUAUAAUCUAUGUUUUGUGCUUUGUCUUGUAAGCUGAAGUACAGUUUAAGUAUCAUUAUAAAGUGACCAAGUGAGAAAACAUACAGCACUGAAAGAAAAGAGAAAAAAUGGAGUUGCCAUUUGUAUGUCUUUCAUUAAACUUUCUUUUUGUAUAGGCUUAAUGUAUAAUUUGAUUCUUCAACUAUGCUAUUCUUAACAAUUUGAUAUCUACAGAAAAAAAAA